UCAGGUGUUCUAUAGUAUGAACAAUCUAAUGCAGCUAAAAUGUUGCAAACAAACAUUCACCAGCCUAUUGAUUUGAUUCUGCACCUUUCAGUACAGAAUAGUAAUUUUUAUCAAAAAGUGUUAACAAAAGAAGAUAAGGUUUCGUUUUACGGAGUUUGUAACAGGAACUAACUGUUCCUUCAUUUGUUGGUUGGUCAUGAGUCAGCAGUUGUUUAGGGGCAGGACUCAAAUUUUACAAGUACUAAUGAUCUGGAUUAGUUUUAGAAUAAUACUAAAACUAAACUUUUCAGUGCUCUUUUCUUUUAAUCAUAUACCAUCGCAGAUUCACUUGGACAAACAAAAUGCUUAUAUAACUUGAAUUUGUUCCGUAAUGUCUUCACCAUCUAUCUCACCGGCACCGGCUGUUUCUCUGGUUGCCCUUUCAUGGCCAUUGCCGCCAAUAAUAGCACCCUUUUCUUCUCCACCAGCACCACCCUUGUUUGUGGAGAAUGCGAGUCCACAACCAUUACCUGGAAUUCCACCGUUUGCCUCGCCACUGCCACUAUCUCCUCUCACCCCCACUCCUAUUGAAGUGGCAGGAGCGCCUUCACUAUCUCCAUCACUGUCGGAAACUCCCUUGACACCUCUACCAACUCCAUCAAGAGCGACAAAAGCUGCACCCCCACCUUUGACAAGCCAAUAUGCACCUUCACCUUUUCCUCCACCUCCAGCCGAGACUACACCAUCAUCUAUUCUGCCUCCAGCGCCUUCGUCAUUCCCAUUGGCGCCACCUACAGCAGCAAAAUCUCCGGGGCUGUCACUUCCAUUGGCAAAUGGAAAUCUGCCAGAGAGUUCAAAACAAUCUCAUGUAUCAACAGGGCUUAUAGUCGGAUGUGUCAUUGGAGGAGUCUUUCUACUUCUUCUUUUUGGACUAAUCUGCAUUCGCAAUAGAAAUAGAAGAUCAAGUAGAAGACGUUCCACCACAGCGUAUAGACCUCCGAGCUUGGAACCAAAAGAUAACUGUAAAACUAUUGUGGCUCAACAUUCACAACAAAAUAGUUGGCCGGAUGGGGCACAUGUUAUCAGAGUCCAAACUGGGACAUUUUCUUUGUCACCCACUUCAACCAGCUGCGGAGAAGAAAAUCCAAUGCCAAUUCAUGGCCCUAGUAUUGUUUCGGGUUUGUCAAUUGGAACUUUUACAUAUGAUGAACUAGUUGCAGCCACUAAUGGCUUCGCAGAUGCUAACCUUAUUGGAGAAGGUGGAUUUGGUUAUGUUCAUAAAGGAUUUCUCGGCAACGGUCAAGAAGUUGCAGUUAAGCAGCUCAAAGAAGGAAGCAGGCAAGGGGAACGCGAAUUCCUGGCAGAGAUUGAGAUUAUCAAUCGGGUUCAUCAUAAACAUCUUGUUUCACUAAUAGGACAUUGCAUAGCUGCAACUAAGAGAUUGCUGGUUUAUGAGUUUAUUCCAAACAACACCUUGGAAUUCCAUUUACAUGGAAAUGGACGACCUAUCCUGGGUUGGGAUGUCUGAUUCAAAAUUGCUAUAGGGACAGCUAAAGAACUUGCAUAUCUCCACGAGGACUGUAAUCCAACAAUCGUUCAUCGCGACAUCAGGGCAGCCAAUAUCCUUCUCGAUCAUAACUUUGAGGCAAAGGUUUCUGACUUUGGACUCGCCAAAAGUUUUUCUGAUGCCAGGACUAGCAGCACUCACAUUUCCACCCGAGUAGUAGGAACUUUUGGGUACUUGGCGACAGAGUAUGCAUCAAGUGGCAAAGUAUCAGUGAAAUCAGAUGCUUAUUCAUACGGGAUCAUGCUUCUAGAACUCUCAUCACCGGACCCACCUAUUGGUCUCCCUGCAAAGAAAGAAUCAUUGGUUAACUGGGCAAGGCCUCUGCUUACUGAAGCUAUAGGACAUGGCAAUUUCAAAGCUUUUGUUGAUCCACGGUUGGAGAACAAUUACAAUACAAAUCAGAUGGCUAGCAUGGUUGCUUGCGCUGCAGCUUGCGUGCGACAUUCAUCAUGGCUACGACCACAAAUGAGCAAGGUAGUUCGUGCUCUAGAAGGACAUAUUUCGGCCAUGGAUCUCUACGAAGUAACGGAGCCUGACCACAAUACAUUAUAUGAUUUUGCCAGUACUUCAGAUUAUGAUCAUUUCCAAUAUAAUCACGAUAGAAAGGAACACGACAUGGCAUUGUCCAGUAGGCAAUACGGCAUCAGUGGAUACAGUGGAACCACCAGUGAGUAUGGCCUUAACCCAUCUAGCUCAAGCAGCGAUUCUAGCAACAGAUAAAAGUUCAACUUCCUUUUGUCAUUUGUAUUACUUUUAAAUUCUCUAGGGUUUAUAAGCAAUUAAAGUUUUAAGUUAAAAAUAGAUUAGAAACUCAGCACUCUGUUAAGCUUUUACAACAUAUCAUAAAGCAAUUUCAAUGCAAAUUUGUAGCUAAGGUUUCUUCAACUUCCAGCAGUUGCAGCUAGAAUUAGCACCUCUGAAUGGUUUGUAGGGUAGUGAACUUCCAUUCAGACCCCCUUAGUAUUCUCUAACUACCCACCAGUAUAAGUGUAGGGCAAGGUACCCUUUUGUAUUGGAGAAACAUAUGAUGAGUACAAAGAGCAUUUGGUAUUAGAGAAACAAAAGAUAAUCACAAAGAGCUUCCCCCAAUGAGACUGAGACUUGUAUUCAUUAAGCAAUCAUAUUCGCUGACCGUAUUUCUCAUAGGCUUUUAAUGUUUUAUUUACAGUAAGACUCUGAAGCUAUGCAAACAAAACCUCAACUGAUUGUCAUUCUAAUGCUUUUAUACAAAAACUAGUAAAACUUCCAAAAAAACAAAACAAAAAAAAAAACUAACCAGAAAGAACAGAGUCUAUGAUGUCGGCAU